CCUAUCCAACUCCUGACCCCUCCCCACAAUGACUUUCCUUCAAAAACUUACCACACACACUUCUCGCUAUGACCAGAGCACCACAAAGAAGCCAAACUGACGGAGGACGGAUGUCCUGACCAUGAGAGUCGUGAUCAGCUUCGAAGGCUCCUGUGAAACUUUUGAUGUCCAUGCAGAUCAGACUGUGGGGGCAAUGAAGCAGAUGGUUAAGGAACAUUUUCUUGUGCACUUCUCUGACGACAAACAGAGCCGGCAGUACCUGGAGCUGAGUUAUGGUGGUGCAGCGCUGCAGGACGCAUGGGCUCUGUGCGACGUGGGGAUCAGAAGUGGCAGUGUCAUCCAAUGUCUGAUAAAGAGUGAACAAAGACCUUUGAUGCGUGUGUUCAAUGCCGUGACCGGGAAAACCUUCCUAAUUAUGGGAAGCAAUGCUCUUCUUCAAAUGUCUGUUGCUGGAUUAAAGAGUGUGGUGUCCAAGCAAAGUGGCCUCCCUGUCAGCACCUUCAGACUGAGCACACCUGCUGGUCUGCAGCUCUAUGACUGCAACCAACUGCAAGACUAUGCCAUUGAAGUGGGAGCGACUCUCCGUUUGGACACAUGGGAUGGGUGGGUGGAGUUCCUUCAGGGUUGCCUCAUGGGUCACAGACUGACAGUGCAAAGCCACCUAUCAGAGAAGAAACCAGUGAUGAGGUUUCAGCUGCAGGUUGCCCUUUACAUCGCUUCCUCUUUCGGACAUCUGGAUAUGGCAGGCUGGCUGCUAGAGAGGGGGGUGCAUGCUGAGGAACCAGUAGGGGUCCAUCCAUACCGCAUGUGGUGCCACCAAACCUCCCACAGAGACAACGGAAAGUGUCCCAUCCACGUUGCUGCAGAGAGCAGUCAGCUCCUCAUCCUCAAACUCUUCAUCAACAAGAACCCUCUGAACUUGGCUUGUAGGGACCCUGAAGGACAGGACCCGUUGAAAGUUGCUCUUCAGCAGGGGGACAGAGAUUGUGUGCGCUACUUGGCCAACAAGGUGUACUCAGUAGUAUCGCUGUCAAACAUCUCCCUGCCCAUGCGUUUGUACCUCCAAGUAAAACGUUGGAUGAGUUUUGGGCAGAAAAGGGCAGCUUCUAAUAAAGGCCAAUACACCAGUGCUGCCUUUAAAGCCAGGGUGGAGGAUAAGGAACUGGUAGAUGGUUUCAGCCAUCCAAAUAUGUCCUCCAAAUCCCGAAAAUCUAUGACAAAACUAAGUAGAGGGAUUAAGGCCAAAGCUUUGCAGCCCUUAACUCCAAAUAGCAACUUGUGUUCAAUUUCAGACCUCAUAUUUAGAAGAGCACCACUACCAAGCCUGCAGCCUGUGAACCCUGCAGACUUCAUAGAGAUGCAGAAAAAGUGGCAACAAGACUUAAACAGAAGAAAGGAUGGCCAGUUGGAGGAAGACAGCUGCUCCAACAAGGGGAAGUUUUCUCUCCCGCCAAUCACCAGAAAAAAUGUUACCAGGCCGGGGUGUGUUGAUGUAUCGCCUAAAUCUUCACGUAUUGCACCUGUGUCUCUGGAGUCCCUCGCUCACCGCUGUUGUCGAACACCAAGAGAAAAUGCCAUGUACUGCUUGACUACAGCCAGUACAUUCACAGAGAAACCUUGGUUGAAGCAGCUGAAAAUAGCACGGACCUUGAUCAGGAAGCGAGCCCACACCAUGGAAUGAUUCGCAAGGAUUUUUUUUUGCCAUAGUAUACUUCCAGAUCUCCAGUUGGAUGACUAAAGGACAGACAAUGAAGAAUCCUUCAGAUUGACAACUGAGAAGUUUAUCUCAGGCAUAUUGUGGAAUAAACAUUUAUCUUCAUUUCAAAAUUUCCCUUCAGAUGCUUUCAAAAGAAAGAGAAAUUGAAAGACAAAAUGGAUACAGAAAAAGAUUUAUUUUCUUUAAUGCAUACAUGAAGUUUAGGGAUUCAUAGUCACAAUUAAAUGUUGACAAAAGUCCAAAUAAUGACUAGACUUGUAUUGUAUGGUAGUGUUUUAUGUAAAGCUUUAUCACGGAGAUGGCAUUUUACAUUUAGAAAGAGUUGGACCAGUUAAAGGACAAACUUAUAUUAUUUAAUUUGUACUUUCUUGGGAAGUUGCUGUGAGCACAUGCAAGUUAACCUAUGAUGAUUUGUGUUUUCACAUCUACAGCUACUGUUGCUGAUGGUUGGAAAAUAAAUUGCUA